CUAAAGAUCGAGCAUAUCCACUUCACGUCAGCGUUCCCAGACCUGAAAGUCACGUGACCUGUCGUCUUCGGGGAGCUGGAAGUACUGUGGUAGUUCGAACGUUGUCAAGAUUACUGCCAUCCGGCAGAUUCAAGAAGCCACUAGAUCAUAAGAGACACAGGUGCCUUUGUGUCGGCACACAGUAUGGCAUCAGAGGAGAUGGCACCAGAAUCUGGCUUCUUCUCCAUGAUGGAUUUGUUUGUUUUGUCAGCAGCAGGAGGUUUUGCCAUUUAUUGGUUUUACUUCAGAAAUAGAAGGCAGGAACAGCCAACAUUCAAGAAACUCACUGUCACGCCAGUACUUGAAAGACAAGAAAGUAUGGGAGGUUUCAUCAGUAAAAUGAAAAAUCAUGAACGCAAUGUAGUUGUCUUCUAUGGAUCACAGACAGGCACAGCAGAAGAGUUUGCCAUGCGUCUGUCUAAGGAUGCUGCUCGCUAUGGCAUGAAAGGCAUGGUGGCUGACCCAGAAGAAUGCGAGAUGGACGAACUACCCCAGCUGAAGGAAAUUUCAAACAACUUGGUCAUAUUCUGCAUGGCAACCUAUGGUGAAGGGGACCCCACGGACAAUGCACAGGAGUUUUAUGAAUGGCUGCAGGGUGGGAGUGCAGAGUUAGAUGGGAUAAAUUUUGCUGUGUUUGGCCUAGGGAAUAAAACAUAUGAGCAUUUCAAUGCCACAGGCAAAUAUGUUGAUAAGCGACUUGAGGAGCUGGGGGCUACGCGAGUAUUUGAGCUAGGACUUGGUGAUGAUGAUGCUAACAUUGAAGAAGAUUUUGUGACAUGGAGAGAGCGGUUCUGGCCAGCAGUCUGUGCAAAAUUUGGUGUCCAGGCAACUGGAGAGGACAUCAGUGUGCGACAGUACAGGUUUAGUAAGCUGGAAGAUAUUGCACCUGAAAAAGUCUUCACAGGAGAGAUUUCACGACUUGGUUCCUUUGCAAACCAGAAACCACCAUAUGAUGCCAAGAACCCAUAUCUGUCACCUAUCUUGGUCAAUCGUGAGCUGCACAAGGGAGGUGACCGAUCAUGCAUGCACAUUGAAUUGGACAUCUCUGGAUCAAAAAUCAGAUAUGAAGCAGGUGACCAUGUGGGUGUCUACCCUAUCAAUGAUGCAGAAACCGUGGAGAAAAUUGGGAAACGCUUGGGGAUAGAUCUGGACACCAUUUUCACACUGGACAACAUUGAUGAGGAAGCCAGCAAGAAGCAUCCUUUCCCUUGUCCUUGUUCCUACCGCACUGCUCUGUCCCACUAUGUUGACAUCCAGACCCCACCUCGCACGCAUGUUUUACGGGAGCUGGCAGACUACGCUUCAGACCCAGCGGAAAAAGACUUGCUUCUUACCAUGACACAGGCAUCUGAGGAGGGCAAAACCAAAUAUCUGGAGUGGGUUGUGAAAGACCAUCGCAACAUUUUGAAAAUUCUGGAAGAUCUGCCAUCUCUGAAUCCUCCUCUUGAUCAUGUGUUAGAGCUUCUUCCACGCUUACAGGCUCGCCUUUAUUCCAUAUCAUCUUCCCCCAAGGUCAUGCCAGAUGGCAUCUGUAUCACAGCAGUUCUACUGGAGUACACAACACGCAUUGGCAAAUUAACAAAGGGUGUUGCCACUUCUUGGCUGAAGCAGAAGAUACCUACUGACGGCAUCAAACCACGUGUACCGAUAUAUGUACGGAAGUCACAGUUCAGUCUGCCUUUCAAACCUAGCACACCCAUUAUCAUGAUUGGACCAGGCACUGGGCUAGCACCCUUCCGUGGCUUUAUUCAGGAGCGAGACUCUCAGCGACAAGAGGGCAAGCAAGUGGGCAGUACCAUUUUGUACUUUGGAUGUCGCAACAAGGCCACUGACUUCAUUUAUGAAGAGGAGCUCACUGAUUAUGUUAAGAAAGGAACACUGACAAAGCUGUACACUGCCUUUUCUCGAGAUCAGCCCCAAAAGGUGUACGUGCAGCACCUCCUACAGCAAAAUGCAGAUGAAACAUGGAAAGUCCUAGAAAAUAAUGGCCACAUUUACAUCUGCGGUGAUGCCCGCAACAUGGCUAAGGAUGUACAUAGCGUGCUUGAGCAGAUUAUCAUGCAGAAGGGUAACAUGGACAAAGCGCAAGCAGAAGACUACAUCAAGAAGUUACAAAACAAGGGACGAUACUCAUCUGAUGUAUGGAGUUGAGGAUGGUUGCUGUUUGAUUCUUUUACCUUUGUUAACAUUUUAGAUUCCAUAGAUUUUGAUAGUUGUUUUGUACACAAAGAUAGAAAUAGCAUUGUUGUCCUUUUAGAAGACUGGUGUUAUAAAUAAACCUCUUUUUAAAAAAAUUUUCUCAACACCAGGAAAGGCUCAGUAUCAAAUUCACUUUUAAUUUCCAUCUCAACCAAUAGUUUUGAAGAUCAGGACAAUCCCAUUUUUAUGGUGCCCAUCCUCCAUGUUGCUUCUAAGCGAUUUUUUUCCACCAAUACAAGAUUGUAUCUUUAGGUCCUUUGAUUAUGGCUGUUAUGGAAGACCAAAGAUAGAAAUAGCAUUGUCGUCCUUCUGAGAAAACUGGUGCUAACCCCAACUCCAGUUGUUUUUUUUUCUGUUUUCUCUUUCCUCCUACCAAAACCAGGAAAGGUUCAGUGUAUCAGGUUAACCUUUAAUCUCCAUCUCAACCAAUAGUUUUAAAGAUCAGAACAAUCCUAUUUUUAUGCCCCAUUCCCCUCAUGUUACUUCCAAGUGAUUGUUUUCCACUGAUGCAAAAUUAUGUUUGCAGGUCCUUUAAUUAUGGCUGUUAUGUGAGACCAAAUAUGAAAAGGUGGCUCGAUGUGCAUAAUGAGAUUGUGUAUUGCUGAAGUUACCUUAUUGCUUAUAUUUUUCCAAUGAUCAUAUUUUAAGAUUAAAAGGUUGAUCUUCUAAAUAUGCAUAUUUACAAAUGAUAUGACAUCCUCAUUUUGAACACAUAUAUAUAUAUAGUAGAGACCUGAUUUGCCAUGUUAGUGAUAUGCAUGAUAGAUGGCAUAUGCAAGUUGAGGACAAAGAUGUUAGUUUCAUUUUUAAAAAUGCACAUUGCAUGAGAGGGAAUUUUGUUUAGAUUGCAAUUGAGACUGGAUGUCAAACAACUGGUCAUGAAUGUGCCCUAUAUGUAUAAUUUUAUGUGUAUUUUAUAUGAGUGUACAUUUUGAUUGCUUGCCCUGUAGAAAUAAGGCUUUUUUUUUAACCACCUGAUUUUAAUAAAAAAAACAGUAUGGUUACUUCAUGACCAAGAACUUUUGUGCCUAGAUAUUUUCCUGUUUACAGGAGGAAUGCUCAAAGUCCAUCAUUGUAUGAGGGCAUGUUGAGUGGGAAUGAUAAUGAUUUUAUUUCACAGGUACAUGAAGUCUCUCAUUGUCAUCCAUUUUUUUUUUUUUUUUGCAGCUGUAUAUGUACAAGUGUAAAAGAUACCUUUAUUGUAAAUGUGAAACUCAGUAGCUUUGCAUGUCUAUGUUGACUUUAGUCCCUGGAUUUUUUUAUCAUUUAAAUCUUUUGCGGGACUUGCUCAUGUUAAGUUUGGAUAUUUGGUUUCGCUGUAGAAUCACCAUUAUGAUUUUUAACGACUUUUCCAGCAUAAGAAUUUGAAAAAUGAUGACAAAUAUUAUUUAAUGUAUUUUUGUAAGGUAACUAGGAGUGCUGUAGGUUUCUGCAGGCAAUUCAAAACUAAAGCUGACACUUUGUUAAGUAGUUCAGACCUUUUCACCCUUACAGAUUAACUGAAAUAAUUAUGGGAAAUGCUCAGUCCUAAGGGAGUUUCUACAGGGCUUCUGCCCACUGAGGGAAGAUCCUUUACUUCUCUGAGAUCAAAGGCUGUUGAAAAGACUAGGGGUAGAAAGGGCGUUGUGUGAAAAGCUAUAGGGGAACAGCAAAAGGAAAAAAACAAAAAACUAGCCAGUGGAUUGGAAAAAGAUAUAGCGAGAAAGCAAUAAUGAAAACAUGAUGCAAAAUGUGUACCAGUUGAUGUAAUGAAGUUUAAUGUUUUAGUGAAAGUAAUUAUGACUCCUUUAAAAGUUAGCGAGAGUGACCUGUUUGGCAAUGAUGCUGUGCAAAAUAUCUUUUUAAAUGCUUUGUUCAGUCUUUCAGUUUAUAGGGUUGGAUAUUUUGUAGAAGAAUCAAUUUGAGAACGUUAUUUUUUUAAAGAAUAUUAGUAUUUUCACUGCACAUUCUUAUUUGGAAUCUUUUUAUAAAGUUCUUUUCAGCUGUA